GGAAGGAAGUACCCAAACCGCCUCCAGGGCGUCUCGGUGCGUGGAUCGCGUUCCGUCUGCGCCUGGCGCUUCCUGUCUGGCGUCUGACCCUCCGCCCCGGCUCGCCCUGCGCGCCUCUCCCCUCCCAUCUCGCUACUAAUUUCCUGUUGGAGCCACUCUGUUCUCAAGCCACCCUGGGGCUCCUCCACCCAGCACCACCAUCCUCCUUCUUCCACCCCUACACCAGAACGCCCCUCCUGCCGGGAACAGCCCCGAGUCCGCCCCAAAGGCUUCUCUAGCCUAGCUCGCUGUCCGGACCAGAGGCACUAGGCGGGGCCUCGCAGUCACGUGGGCCGUCCAGGCCAAUGGGCUUGAGGCUUGGGGUGAGCUCCGCCGGGUCUCCGUGGGCGUUGGGACUUUGUCCGAGGUGGAAUCUGCGGCCAGGGUCAGCUGUGGCUUCCCGCUCGCAGGAGGAGAGACAAGUGAGAGGACAGACAGGCGCACCCGCUCCAGUUUCCUUCUCGCCUGCCACGCACCUGUGCUGCAGCGCCCCGGGACCUCGCCUUUCUCCUCUGGACUAGCCAUGGAGCGCGAAGUCCAGCGGCUUCGGCAGGGGUUCCGGUCCGGCCGGUCGCGACCGCUGCAUUUUCGGCUGCAGCAGCUCGAGGCCCUGCGGAGGAUGGUGCAGGAGCACGAGAAGGACAUCCUGGCGGCCAUCGGCGCCGACCUGUGCAAGAAUGAAUUCAAUGUAUACAGUCAGGAAGUCAUUACCGUACUUGGGGAAAUUAAUUUUAUGCUGGCAAAUCUUCCUGAAUGGGUUACUCCUAAACCAGCAAAGAAGAACCUGUUCACCAUGCUGGAUGAGGUCUAUGUUCAACCAGAGCCUCUAGGAGUCGUACUGAUUAUUGGAGCUUGGAACUACCCAUUUGUUCUCACCAUGCAUCCACUGGUGGGAGCCAUCGCUGCAGGAAAUGCUGCAAUUAUCAAGCCUUCUGAAUUAAGUGAAAAGACAGCCAAGAUCUUGACUAAGCUUCUCCCUCAGUAUUUAGACCAAGAACUGUAUGCUAUUAUUAAUGGUAGUGUUGAGGAAACCACAGAGCUUCUGAAGCAUCGAUUUGACUACAUUCUCUAUACGGGAAAUGCUACAGUUGGAAAAAUUAUCAUGGAAGCUGCUGCUAAGCAUCUGACCCCUGUGACACUUGAACUGGGAGGGAAAAGUCCAUGUUAUGUUGAUAAAGAUUGUGACCUAGACGUUGCUUGCAGACGCAUAACCUGGGGAAAGUUGAUGAAUUGUGGUCAAACAUGCAUCGCUCCUGACUAUAUUCUCUGCGAUGCCUUGCUCCAGAAUCAAAUUGUGCAGAAGAUUAAGGAAACUGUGAAGGAAUUUUAUGGAGAAAAUAUAAAGGAAUCUCCUGAUUAUGAAAGGAUCAUCAAUCUUCGUCAUUUUAAGAGGAUACAAAGCUUGCUUGAGGGACAAAAGAUAGCUUUUGGUGGGGAGACUGAUGAGGCAACACGCUACAUAGCUCAUCAAACGGAUGAUUGAUGAGACAUCCAGUGGUGGUGUCACAGUCAAUGAUGUCAUCAUGCAUUUUACACUCAAUUCACUGCCCUUUGGAGGAGUGGGUUCCAGUGGGAUGGGGGCGUAUCAUGGAAAACAUACUUUUGAUACUUUUUCUCAUCAUCGUUCCUGUUUAUUAAAAAGUUUGAAGAGAGAAGGUCCCAACAAACUCAGAUAUCCCCCCAGCAGCCAAUCAAAGGUGAACUUGGCAAAGUUUUUCCUGCUGAAACAGUUCAACAAAGGAAAACUUGGGCUCCUGUUGCUCACAUUUCUGUGUGCGGCAGCAGCUGUGUUCUUCAAGGCUGGAUACUACUGAAGAAUGAUCCUGUUAACCUCCUAGUUGCCUCUACUGAAUUAUUUCUGUGUUCAAUGGUUAAUGAAUCAGUAAUUUUAAAAUUGUAACAAAAUCAGAAAUAUGUUGAUGCAGUGUGAUCAAACCUAAAAGUUACUGUCAUCAUUAUUAAAACUUGCCGUUUCAGCCAAAUCCCAACAUUCCCCAAUAGUGAGUAUAUUCUGAGAACCUAUUCUUGAUUGUACUAGGAAGCAAAAAUGUAGUAAGUGAAACCCAUACUCCUUGGGGAUAUAAGGAAGUCUCAGAACCUGCUCAGUGACUUGUACACCCGUUCACAGGACACCUCAUCUUCUGCUCUGCCAUGCCAUUAUUUGGUGAAGCUUAACACUUCCCAGGGUCCCUAGUGAUUCUCUGUAGUCCAGAGAGGUGAGGUGAGAUUGUCCCAGCUCCUUUUGAGGUUUUAGGCACUACAGUUGAUGUUAAAAUUGCAAACCAGUGGAUCUUCAAGGACAAAUCGUUUCUCAUUUCUUUUUUUUUUGGUACCGGGGAUUGAACUUGGGACCUUGCGCUUACAAGGCAGGCGGUGGAACCACUGAGCCCCUGCCCUUCUCAUUUCUGUAGAGUACAUUUAGAGUGCAAGUACAUUUUUUGAAAUUUCAGAAAUGUCUUUCUGAAUAAAUUUAGAAUUUAACAUAAGGGAAUAAUUUCUGUCACAUCUGGGUGUGGUGGCACAUGCCUGUAAUCUUAGCACUUGGGAGGCUGAGGCAGGAGGAUCUCUGAACUGUAUAGUAAGACCCUGUCUCAACCAAAACAAAAGAGAGGGGGAGGGGGUCUAGGCUGUUAGGGAAUGCCCGUCACCUAUUGAGACUUGAAGAGUUGUCCUCGAGAAGCUGGCUUUCUGGUCAGACUUGAUCUUCAUCCUUUCUCAUCCUCUAUUACCUGAAAGGUUUUUAGCUUAUGACAGUCUGUGUGGCUAUUCAUAAAUAUUUUUUGUGGCUAGUAUCACUCAAAGCAUCUUGUAAAUCAUAAGGCUUCCUAGAAGAUCUUAGCCUGUUUCACGCAGAUAUCAUCUCUUAUUCAUAAGGUAUUGAAGUGACAGUUCUACAUGUUAUACAACCUAACUUGAAUUUUUAAAGUGCUUUAAUAAGAGGAAUUAUAAAAACACUUAUCUCUCAGGACCUUAAAGUUGCAAGUUAGUCUCCCAAGGAUAAAUGAGACUUUUUUUUAAAAGUCUCAUUUCUGUAGCACAAUGCAAGUAAAUUUUACUCUUUUAAACUUCAGAAAGAUCGCUUUCUGAAUAAAUUCAGCCUAGUGGGGGAGUCAUUUCCUAUCACAAAAAAGAGGCCUUGGAUAUUAGGACUUUGGGGCUGAAGAGCCUCAUGGGUCACAGAGCUGGUGGCUCAUGAGGAGAAUUGGAGAAUAACCAUAAGUCAAUUGGCCAAACUGAAAGAGAAGGAGAAUAGGGAGAGUAUCUCCUGAGCAAGUGAGAAAUUAUUCUCACCAAAGCCCUAUGUGGCCAAGACCUGAGGUUGUGCAGCCAGGUGGGAAGUGCCAGAGAAUGCCCUUGUGGAAUGUGGCAUCCUCUGGCGGAUAGUGCUGUGCUGGACUGCAGAGCUCAGGCUACAGGGAUUUUACUUCCUCUGCUCAGGACGGGAAAGAGACUUGGGCCUUACUCAGUGAGAGAAUGUAAUUCACUUUAUUGAAUGUGUAAUCACCUGCUGAAUAAUCUGUUCUGUUCAGUCUCCUUGAAGUAUGUUGUGUCUUUAUCACAGCAUGAGUAGUCAAGAAUUAAUCACUGGCCUAGUUUAAGAAUAACUUAAACUAUGGUUCUAACAGAAUAAUCAAUCAUAAAAUUUCUUAGAAUUUAAAUUUGGAAUUUGCAUUUAAUAUCUUAAAUUGUACAUUAUAAUUUCUAGUUAAGCUAAAUUACUGGUUUGUCUACUAAUAUAUCCCAAAUAAAUACAUUAUAUUUUAUUAAAUUGGUGUUUUAAUAAUCUUAGUGCAGAUGUCCCGUUAGAGAUAAUCCUUUGAUCAUAACUUUUCUCCAAUUACAUAAACCCAUUUUUUUUGCUUUUAUCUAUCAAAGGGGACAUUUGUUAACACUCUUGUCAUGCUUUCUCAUUUUAAAUUCUUAACCAAAAUUUCCAAGAUUUUCUGUGUGUGUUUGUGUGUGUGAGUGUGUGUAUGCAGUCUCUGUGAGGUGGCCAUGUGUGGGCUGAUUUCACCAUUGAGUCUGAAGAUGUUCACCAAUCCCAGCCUGAAACAGAAGCAUCCAAGAAUUUGGAUCAGCACUGAAUUCCAUCCUGAGCAGUGUGGCAAAACAGUCUGGGCUCUUGCUGCUCUACAUCCUCUCACUGCUGUAAAAACAAGUGUAAGAGCAAGUGUUUCUCAAAGCUCUGAUAUAUGAAAGUGCUGGUGAAAUGAAGAAACUGGACGGAGGGAAGAGAGGUCUACAGACAGCCACCUGCUGGGCUGGGGCCUCCCGGCACCUGUGUCUGCUGGGGGUUCAUUGGGCUGCCUGGGAGCUCUGCACAUAUUUUCUGAACAGAUGGGCAGCAGACUGCUCCUAAGAAAUAAGCAAUUUUUAAUGUAACUAGUUUUUGUGAUUUCAUUGAGUAAUAGUGGCAAUCUCUUUUAAAGAGAAAUCCAGGUCGGGGAAAAACAAAACAAAACAACCAAACUGACCACAACAGAUUUGUCUGUGCAGUUCAGAUCUCUGAAUAUUGCAACUUUACCUGAAUGUACCAGGCAAAGUUCUUUUUUAUUUUGGAGAAUGGUUUCAAGUGUCUCUCUGCACUGGAUCCCACGGGUGCUUUUGUAGGUCACUGAGAGUGUGUGUGAGUGUGUGUGCAUGCGUGCAGAAAUGCGUGGUGGACAAAAGAGUGAAGAGACAGCCACAGAACAGGAAAACUUUUUGCCAGCCACUCAUCAGACUUAAGGACUAAUAUCUAGAAAAUAAGAACACAAAAAAAUUAGACCUCCCCAAAUAUAGAGGCCCAAUCAAAAAUGAACAUCUGAAAUGAAUAAACAUUUCUCAGAUGACGUACAAAUGACAGAAUACAUGAAAAAACGCUUACCAUCGCUGGCCAAUUGAGAAAUGCAAAUUAAAACAUUACUGAGAUUCCAUCUCCAAAAAAGAACAGCUACAUUCAAGAAAUCAAAUGACAAAUGCUGGAGAGGUGUUAGGGUGGAGGGGAGGAACUCUUCGUUGUAGGUGGGAAUCGGUGUGGAGAGGCCUCCAAAAACUAAAAAUAGACCAUUUGACCCAGGUUGUCGUGUACUAGUUAUCUUCCUGAAGGAGGUAAAGACACUGUGGUACAAUGAUUCAUGCAUAACCAUUUAUAGCAGCACAAUUGAUAAUAGCUAAAAAUAGCCUCAAUGCCCAUCAAAAGAUGAAUGGGGCCGGGGAUUUAGCUCAGUGGUUUUGCUGCCUGUUGCACAAGCACAAGGACCCGAGUUCAAUCCCCAUUACCAAAAAAAAAAAAAAGAUGAAUGAAGAAAAUGUGGUAUUUAUACACAAUGGAGUACUAUUGUGCCAUAAAUGAUAAACUUCAGUCAUUUGUAGGAAAAUGGAUGCACCUUGAGAUCAUAAUGUUAAGUAAAUCAGACACAUACUGCAUGAUUUCUCCUACAUGAGAAUACCAGUAUAUAACUAAAUGCAAAAUAAAGGAUAGACAGUAGGAGAUAGCAAGAUGGAUCUUUGGCAUAUGGGGAGGGAAUGGAAA